AGAGCAAGCCGUCGUCAACUCACUGCCAGGUCUGGUGUUAUUAUAAACUGACAGAAGAUUAUUCACUCAGGAAAGAUUGCUUCAGCUUCUGAAGAUGUGGAAAGUCUUUGUCGUUGUGAUCCUCUGUGUUACACUGGUGUCAGCCUCGUGCCCAAACGAGUGUCGUUGUCCCCCUGAAGUCCCCACAUGUGCAGCAGGAGUCAGUCUCAUGCUGGACAGCUGCGCAUGCUGUAAAGUUUGUGCUCGGCAGCUCUUUGAAGACUGCAGCAGGACACAGCCAUGUGACCACACAAAGGGACUGGAGUGCAACUUUGGAGGUGGAUUUGGUUCUGCUAAGGGAAUCUGUCGAGCUAAAUCAGAUGGAAGAACUUGUGAGUACAACAACAAGAUUUACCAAAACGGCGAAAUCUUCCAUCCAAACUGCAAACACCAGUGCACUUGCAUGGACGGUGCUGUUGGAUGUGUUUCUCUGUGCCCACGUGAGCUGUCGCUGCCGAAACUGGGUUGUGCCAGACCCAGGCGGGUCAAGGUACCGGGACGGUGCUGUGAACAACUCGUCUGCUCCGAGGAAGCAAAGCCAGAGAGUUCUGUGGUGAAGAAGCACAGAAAAAAGGACAGCAAAGACAGAGCAUCUGAAGAGGACCUCACUAACAAGAAUGAGUUGGCUCCUGUGUGGAGAGGAGAAUCACAGUCUUUAGCUGCUUUCAGAAGUCACCCAGUGAGCCUCGUGUUUGCCAGAGGAGUCACGUGUGUGCCUCACACCACGGCCUGGUCACCUUGCUCUAAAUCCUGUGGCACUGGAGAGUCCUCGAGGGUGAUCCACAAUGGUCAGUGCAAAAUGAUGAAAGAGACUCGGAUCUGUGAAGUUCGCCCAUGCAACCAAAUGACCUUUGUCAAAUUAAAGAAAGGUCACAAAUGUAACCGCAUAGAAAUGGCCAGCCGUCCAGUGAAACUGUCCCACGCAGGCUGCCGUAGCCUUAAAAAGUUCCAGCCCAGAUACUGCGGGUCUUGCUCAGAUGGGCAGUGCUGCAGGCCUCAUCGGACUAAGACGAUACCUGUGAGCUUCAGGUGCAAAAAUGGAGAAACCUUCAGAAGGAUGGUGAUGAUGAUCGAGUCUUGCAAGUGUAACCUCAACUGCCCCGGCAGCAAGGAGAAGAAACCUGCCCUCAAAAGAGUUUUAAAUAAUAUACACACACUGAAAAUGUAAACUUCCCAAUUUAAUUGAAAAGAAGAUUCAUUAAGUGUUGACUGAGAGAAAAACAAAUUGCACUGUGAGGUUACAGACACCCAGUAGGAUGAAUUUAGUGAACUAUAUUGUUUAUGAUUUUGCUUCAUAACACUGGAGCCUUGUGGUUUGCUUCUUUGCGAAGCUGUUGUUUUACUAUGCCAAAAUUCGUAUUUUUCUAGUUAAACCAAAAUUUAUUGUUCUCCACUUUUAUCUUAUUGACAUACAUAUUUAAGCUUCUCUUGACAAGACAUGUAGCAUGGAAAUGACAUUAAAAACUAUGGCAGCUACUAGAUAAGUCAUUACUCAAUAUGUCUCCAGGUUUCUGUUGAUUUACUGUACUUAUUCAUUUUAUUUAUAAGACUUUUUAUUUCAUACUUCACUUAAUGGAUUCUUCACUAAUGUAUUAUUUUAAUCAUGGAAUACUGUACCAUGUUCUUUACACCGGCUUGUGUGUAACAUGUUGCAAUUUUAUGAUUUACUUUUUCACAAAU